AUGAAAAAGAUAUCUUUAAUUUUCACUCGAAAUGUUCAUGAUGACCAAAGAGUCUAUAAUGCACCUCGAACUUUAGAUGAUGUUGCUAUUGUUUAUGUAGCUGACCGUGAUGGUAACAUUCCGGCUCAACUUGAUUUUGCAGUUCAGCCAAGUGACUCGAAUACUUUAAAAAGGAUUAACAUGCUUUCUAAGCAUCUCGAUCCUAUGACUUUUCCACUUUUCUUCCCAAAUGGUGAUUUUGGAUGGACCACAAAUUUGUCACAUAAUAUGGAUCAUGCCACUGAAAAGCGAAAUAAAGUAACGAUACUUGAAUUUUAUUCAAAUAAAAUUGGAAUUCGCCGAAAUCAUUUCAAUCCUUUGUUCUAUGGCGGAAAAUUAUUUCAACAAUAUUUAGUAUACGUGUAUGCCCGUUAUGAAGCAAAUCGAAUGACAUAUAUCAGAAAUAAUCAAUUUGGUAAUAUAUUUAUUCUUCCUUCAUCAUUCGUGGGCGGUCCGCGUUUUAUGUCCAAAUUAUAUCAGGAUAAUAUGGCAAUGGUUCGAAAAUUUGGCCGCCCUGAUUUGUUUAUUACUUUUACGUGUAAUCCUAAAUGGGAAGAAAUAAAAUCUGAACUUCAAUCUUUUCAAAAUUCAUCAGAUCGACCAGAUUUAGUAACUCAAGUAUUUCGUUUAAAACUAAAAGAGUUUUUAGAUGAUAUAGUUAAAAGAAAAAUUUUUGGAGAAAUUUUGGCAUACGUGUACGUUAUAGAGCAUCAAAAACGCGGCCUUCGUCAUGCUCAUUGUUUAUUCACACUGUCUAAUCAAGACAAAAUUAAAACGUCAGAUGACGUUGAUAAUAUUAUCUCUGCUGAGUUACCGAAUCGACAUGAACAACCCGAGUUGUAUAACGUAAUUUUAACGCAUAAUUUUCAUGGACCAUGUGGUCGAUUAAAUCCUAACUCAAUUUGUAUGAUUGAUGGAUCUUGCUCCAAAAAUUUUCCUAAAGCCUUCUGCUCUGAAACUGAUGUAUCUACAGAUGGUUAUCCAAUUUAUAGACGCCGAAACAAUUCUCAUGAAGCUCAUUUCACACGUAGUAAUAUUCAAGUAGAUAAUCGUUUUGUUGUGCCAUAUAAUUCAUUUUUAAGUCUUAAAUAUAAUGCUCAUAUUAAUGUUGAACUAUGUUCAACUGUUAAGGCUAUCAAAUAUAUUAAUAAGUAUAUUACAAAAGGUCACGACUGUGCGCGAAUCGGCAUUCAAGUAAAUUCGAACGACAAUGUAGAAAGAGUUGUUGAUUAUGAUGAAAUCAAACAAUAUUUAAAUUGUCGUUAUAUUAGUUCUCAAGAAGCAGCUUGGCAUCUUCAAGAUUUUCCUAUUCACGGUCAAUCUUAUAGUGUCGUCAUGCUGUCUAUUCAUUUGAAAGAUGGCCAAUCAAUUUUUUUCCAAGAGAAUGAAGCUGAAAGUGCUUUGCGACGAGAAUCAGUCGCAUGCAUGACUUUAACUGCUUAUUUCGAUUUAAAUGUUUCAGAUUCGAGUGCUCAUCAAUAUUUAUACUAA